UGUACAACUCUUCCAUAUUUUGUUGCUGUCAUUGAUUUCAUUUCUUAGGAAUUCCAAAGCAAUGCCAAUGGGAGAGAUUGAUCCAGUUUUCAUUCAGGCUCCAGAGCACAGACCCAAGCUCAGUGUCAAAGAAGCAGAAGGCAUCCCUGUGAUAGACAUGUCCCCUCUAUUAUCAUCAGAUGAUGAUUCCAUAAUUUCUAACACAGACCCUUUAGCCAUUCAAGAGCUUGUGAGGCAAGUAGGUAGUGCAUGCAAGGAGUGGGGGUUCUUCCAGGUGAUCAAUCAUGGAGCUCCUCUUGAGAGCAAGCAGAGGAUUGAAUCAGUUGGUAAGAAAUUCUUUACUCAGAGCUUGGAGGAGAAGAAGAAAGUGAGGAGGGACACUGUGAAGGUUAUGGGGUAUUAUGAGAGUGAGCAUACCAAGAAUGUUAGGGAUUGGAAGGAAGUGUUUGAUUUUACUGUGGAGGAACCUACCUUGAUUCCAGCUUCAAUUGACCCAGAUGACAAGGAGAUCACUCAAUGGUAUAAUCAUUGGCCAGAGUACCCACCAGAGAUGAGAGAGACAUUCCAAGAAUAUGCUCACCACAUGGAAAAACUAGGGCUGAAGUUAAUGGAGCUUAUCGCCAUGAGUUUGGGUCUGCCCUCAAAGCGAUUUCAUGGGUUCUUUAAGAACCAAACAAGCUGGAUUAGGCUGAACUAUUAUCCACCAUGCCCAAACCCUGACAUUGUUUUAGGGUGUGGCCGUCAUAAGGAUUCUGGUGCUUUAACCAUCCUCGCUCAAGAUGAAGUUAGUGGGUUACAAGUGAGGAGAAAAUGUGAUGGUCAAUGGGUUCGACUCAAUCCCUUACCUGAUGCUUAUAUUAUCAAUGUUGGAGACGUAAUUCAGGUUUGGUGCAAUGACGCGUACGAGAGUGUGGAGCACAGAGUGAAGCUGAACCCUGAGAAGGCAAGGCUUUCGUAUCCAUUUUUUCUCUAUCCUUCACAUUACACUAAUGUGGAGCCUUUGGAAGAGCUUACAAAUGAGGAAAACCCUCCCAAAUACACGCCUUACAACUGGGGAAAGUUUUUUGUUACGAGGAAGCGUAGCAACUUCAUGAAACUUGAUGAAGAGAACGUUCAGGUAGCAAAUACAUCAUAUCAUGAUUAAUAUUAGAUGUCGCAUUUUGCAAUGGUGCUAGCUAUAAUAAUCAAGAACCAGUGUCUGGAUAAGGAGCAUGAAGAUUAUUUUCUACUAAGUCAUGUCAGGUUUAUGUAUAACUAAUGAAGAAUAAUGAUGCUUUUACAUUCCUCUUUAGGAAGGAAAGACGUGCCGACAACAAUAAUUCAUGAUCUUAAAUAGUGAGGCACCAUGGCCCAUAGUAUUAAUGUUUGUUUUUUAAGCCAUUUUCCCUAAACUAUUAUGAUGGGUAUUUUUUUAAAAUAGUAA